UAACAUCAGGCCGCACCUGCUGCUAAUGUUAAUGUUUACUUCUAGGUCGAAUGUCCAAAACUACUGUCCGGCUUUACCCUUCAGGUGCCUGGCUCAUGGGCAGCGUUUGACGUCUACGGAUAGACACUUCUGGGGUUACGUGAGAUACAUUCGGACCUACGCACUCAUUUUCGUCUGACUGUUACCCACACGGUUCGUUUAGGCCUGUUUUUAUUCUGUGUCAGACGGGCGAACUCCUUUUAGAGCGGCGGACAAGAGCCCUGCACCUGGACAUCAUGAAAACGGCUCUCUGCCUAUUCGGGACGCUAGUCGAACUGGUGGUGCUGCUGGGCCUUCUUGGACUCGUAACCGGAGAUUGUGGUAAUCCUCCAAGUGUUGCCAAUGCAGCUCCAAGGUCUGAAUUUUUGGUUGAAACUGUGUUCACCGAUGGAUCUAAACCUUUAUUUUAUGAAUGUAUACCUGGCUAUAUAAAAGAAAAGGGGAAUUAUGGAAUCACUUGCACUGGAAGCAGUUGGAGUGUGCCACGGUUGGUAUGCAAAAGGCGAGAUUGUGGUAGUCCACCAGAACUUUAUAAUGGAGAAUAUGAAAUAACAGAAGGAACAGAGUUUGGUGCAACUAUAACAGCUAAAUGCCAUGAAGGGUAUGUUAUUGAAGGUGGAGAUGGCCACUUAACUUGUGGCUCUGAUGGAGUCUGGUUUGGUGACAGUCUAGUUUGUGAUCCUGUGGAAUGUCACAUCCCACCUGAGAUUGAAAAUGGGUCGCAUUUCUCCAUGGGCAGAGUCCAAUAUAGAUCUGUUGUAAUUUAUACUUGUAAUCCUGGUUUUGAUAUGAUUGGAAACUACCAGAUUACUUGUGAAAGCAAUGGAGAAUACAGUAGUCCACCACCCAAGUGCAGCAAGGUUAUGUGCCCUAAUAUUAACAUAACAAAUGGAUGGAAGAUAUCAGGAUUUAAUCUCCCAUAUGUAUACCAGAGCUCCAUCACGUUUGCUUGUGACAACGGAUUUCAAUUAAAUGGAUCGAGCGCCAUUGUCUGUGAUGAAAGUGGCACAUGGAAACCUGAUCCACCAACUUGUGUAAAGACAUUCGGUGUGAAAUGUCCAGACCCACCUGUAAUUGAAAAUGGGUCUCAUGACCCUGUGAGUAGUAUCAGGUCUGGACUUGUGGUAACUUACAAUUGUAAUCCUGGUUUUGAUAUGAUUGGAAAUCACCAGAUUACUUGUAAAAGCAACGGAAAGUACAGUAGUCGGCCACCCAAGUGCAUAAAGGUUAGCUGCCCUAAUAUUAACAUAGCAAAUGGAUGGAAGAUAUCAGGAUUUGGUCCCCCAUAUAGAUACAAGCGCUCCAUCACAUUUGCUUGUAACAGCAGAUUUUGAUUAAAUGGAACAAACACCACUGUCUGUGAUGAAAGUGGCACAUGGAAACCUGAUCCACCAACUUGUGUAAAGACAAUCGAUAGGUAAUGAAGCACGAGUGACAGCGAAGGCUGCUUUGCUGUCUUCAUUAAUUGUCUAGGAAGGCAGAACAUUCUCUGGGUCUUCAAAUUUUUUAUUUAAAAUUCUGACCCAUGCUUUUAUUUCAUAUUUUUACUGUACAGUUUAUUACCUACUACAGUUAAACAAAGUGUGAUAUCCAGGAAUUUACCAUAAAUAAUAAAUUUUCAGUGUUUAUUUGAUGCAAUAUCACUCAAAAGUUUAAUUUGCAUUAUUGAAUGUACAAAUACCAUUGGUAUCUGAACAAUGCACACAUACUUCAUUUUCUGUUUGACUAAAGACUACAACAGCUCAUCAGCUCAUAUGCAGCGCGUCCUAAGAAAGAGGAUUCUCAGGUAUUAACAGUACACAGUCUCUUUUGAGCCAUUCACUCAAGGUGAUGAUCCCCUCUAAGCUGUUUACUCUGCCUGAGACAGCAGCUGCAGAGCUCAAACCCGGGAUUUUGGGACUACAGAACAAUCCUUUUAGCGAGUGGAGAUAUUCCCUUUAAGCUGCAGUGACAAUGGGGCUUCAAACCACAAGGAUGUCUCUAGCAUAGAUACAGGUACUCUCUUUCUCUCCCUUCCUCUUCCUCUCCCUGUCCUUCUCAAUUUCUUAUUUAGCAAGCAAAAAUUGCCAUUUAUAAAACUGUAAAGAGAAGGUCAAAUCAGACAGGGAUUAUAAAACUGUAAAGAGAAGGUCAAAUCAGACAGGGAAAGUGAUUUCGUCAGAAUGUUUAUAGAGUUGAUCCAGAAAGUAAUUUGUUUAGAGUGUAAGUUCUACAAUAUGACAUACACUUGUUAGGCUUUUGAGGGUGAUGUGUUAUUGAUGCAGUUUGUAAAUAUCAAGAUCAAAGAUCAGGAACUUAUUUUUCAUAUUUGAAAUGUGACGUGAGAUUUAUUUAUUCUUGUUUUUUUGUGUUGGGUUGUACUGUCCUUUUGCUAACUUUGUUCAUUUGUUAAUGCUGAUGAUAAGAAUGUAUUGAUCUGUGAUUAACAACGUUGAUUUCAAAAUCUUAAAAUCUCUUUCUCCCUAACUCCCACCCUCUGUCUUCUCUCCCCCCUCUAUGGCCCUUUCUUACUUCUCUCUCUCUCUCACUCUCUCUUUUU